CAAAUAACGGCGGGAGGGGUUUCCAUCGGCGUCGAGACUACGAUGAAGUAUCUAGGACUCGUCCUCGACAGUCGAUGGAACUUCGUGGAACACUUCCGACGUUUGGCUCCUAAGUUGGAACGGACGGGGUCUGCGCUUAAGCGGCUCCUGCCAAAUCUCGGGGGGCCAUAUGCCUCCUGCCGGAGGUUGUACGCGGGGAUCGUGCGGUCCAUGGCCCUCUACGGCGCCCCUGUGUGGGCGCCGAACCUGAUGCGGCGACCAGCUCGGGCGCUGCUCACCUCUCAGAGGGUCAUGGCCAUCCGGGUGAUCCGAGGAUAUCGCACGAUCUCCGGAGAGGCGGUGAACCUCCUUGCCGGAUUACCGCCGUGGGAUUUGGAGGCGAAGGUGCUGGCGCGCGUCUUCAGUUUGCGCGCCGACGCGUGUCGCAGGGGCGAAACUCCACUGCCGCGCCAAAUCAGUGCGUGGCGGGACGAGCUCCGGCGCGAUCUCAUGGCGGAUUGGCAGCAACGACUGUCGCAACCGAAGGCUGGGCUCGCUGUCAUUGCAGCGGUAAGUCCCCUCUUUGAGGAGUGGCUAGAGAGGCGCCACGGCGUCCUCACCUACCGCCUGACGCAGGUGCUUACCGGACAUGGGAGUUUCAGUAGGUUCCUGUUCCUUAUUGGGCGGGAGGAAACGCCCGAGUGUCAUCACUGUGAGGACCGCCCGGAGGACACGGUAGAACAUACGGUGGCGGUGUGCCCUGCGUGGGCUGAGCACCGCCAAGUCCUCAGGGAUGUGGUCGGCGACGGCGACCUCUCGCGCCCGGCACUGGUUCAGGCCAUGGUGCGGAGCGAGAGGGACUGGGAUGCCGUCUCCUCCUUCUGCGAAGCAGUCAUGCUAGCUAAGGAGGAGGCGGGGCGCGUGAGAGAACAAACCUCCUCACGCCCCAGCCGUCGCGAGAGACACUCUGGGCGUCGGGGAUCGCGUGACGAUCUCCGGCCGCCGUAAGUGCGGGUCUGCGGACGACGAGCAAGGGUAGCUCGCCGCCCGAACAGAACCAGACCCGUGCGUGCGGCGCGUCGCGUUCCGCGCGCGCCUCAGAGAGCCAUCAGACCACCACAGAUGGGGCCCAGUAGGGCUGAUGCCUGAACCGGAGCUGCGGACUACCUAGCGGGUUUACCGGGGCUCCGGGUCGAAAAGCAGGAGAAGGAACGGGGUGUUUUUUAGUCAGUAAGAGUCUGACACUCCCUCUUGCCUUACCCAAGGCGGGAGAAGUCAUUGGAUGAUUUUCCCCCCUCAAAAAAAAAAGCCACUAAAUGGCGUAUAAUAAUAAGAUUUAAAUUUAGAAAUUGAAUCUGUAAUUUAGGUACCUACUUAUCUGAUUAAUCCAGCCUGAAUCCACCACCCAAGUCAAGAUUUUGUAUCGUGUUGAGGACUGUGUGGCGUUAGGGUGGCUAAAAAUGAUACGUCGUUAGCGGUACACCACCCAAGUUAAGGUGAAAGGUUAAAACGUGCCGAGAACUGUAUGGCAUUAGGGUGGAUAAAAAUGAUAUGUCGUUAGCGUUUUCCCCUCAAGACUCAGGCGCAUCUUGAGAAGAAUGUUGCCUUUAAUACUAUCACGGGCUUCUACAAUUCUAAAAUGCAGGGCAGCACUGUGGAUCACGCAGUCGUAUACUUAGGUGCGAAACUGUUUGAAGAAGGUCAAGCCUACGUGGCUCUUAGUAGAGUAAGAUCUUUGCAGGGACUAUGUAUAGAGGAGUUGGACUGCAAUAAACUAACGGGCAAGAAACCUUGCAAUAAUGAAGCACUAAAUGAAUUAAACAGAAUGCGAAAUAAAAGCUAAAAACUAGAAAAUAAAAAUAGGUAAAAAAACUUUUUAAGUUAAACGGUUUUAUGUGAAACAUACAUUGCAAUGUUUAAGAUAAAUGUACUAAAAACCAUAAAAUAAUAAAAUAGAUACAGUCGUGGGAAUUAUAAAUAUAUGCAUAGACUAGACUAAAAUAAAACCGUGGGGCACGUCAAUCGUUGAUUAAAAUGUUUGUUUUGUAAUGUUACACUAUAAUUAGGCAGUUGUUCAACCGACAACGAUGGACGUGUGAUAAGUAGGGCUAGAAUUUGGAAACAAGUUGGCAAGCUCGAUUAUAAGCGAGUUUUAGGGCUUCAUAGUGUUGAGCGAGUAGUACUUUUAUCGUAUGUUUUGUCGAUUAAAGACAAACUACGAGCAGUGAAACGAUUCCUCGCCAGCCAGCAGUGUGAAUGUCCAACAAUAAACUAGUUGAAACAUCUCUUUUAUUUACAUGGAGUGUAUAACUAUUGGAAUAUCCAUGAGCAAGAAAAUAGUAAGUAAGUAAGUAAUUUCCUCACCGUCUGCCA